UUUGUUUCAGUGCAGGCGCUGCUGCUGUUCUGGCACUGCGCGGGGAAACCUCCGUAUCAGCAUCGGCUUGUUUUUAUCGCUUCUGAGGAAACGCCUUGCUUCCUGACCUUACUGCCUCAGAUUCCCGCGGUGUGAGUGAGAAAUCUGAGUGGGAUAUUCAUAAAUACAUGGUGCUGGAGCGAUAAACGGAGGUCUGCGGUCUGCAGCACAACCCAUCUUCUGAAAAUACGAUCACAGAAGCGAGGAAAACCCAACGCCCUUUACAGACCGACUUUGUAUACCUGUCUCGAAAGAUGUGCAAUGGAGAUAAAAGAUGCUUUUAUGUGUUCACAUGCUUUUUUAUUUCUUUUUCUUUUUUUUUAGGAUAAGCAAAGCUCCCUUGUUUCACUGACACAUUAAGGUGCGUCUUCUAUGUGUGGUGAGGCCGAUUGCAUGUUUUAUGGAACACCUAAUGGGAUCAUGACCUGAUCUUAUUCUUCAUUUUCAAAGUCAGCCCAACUGGAAGCUAAAUAACGAAUGCAACUGGAGAAAUUACUGCAUGAAACCAUCAAGCUGGUCCUCAAAUGCAUGGAAAGCCUUUGCCUUUCCAGAUAGGCGAGGUUGCUAUGUGAUUUAUUGAUUGUCAUAUAUUAGUCAUAAGAUGGGGAACGGUUUCUCCAACAUUGCCGCAUUCCAGUCCUUGCACAUUGUGAUGCUUGGGUUGGAUUCGGCUGGGAAAACCACGGUGCUCUACCGCUUAAAGUUUAAUGAAUUUGUCAACACCGUUCCCACCAUUGGCUUCAACACUGAGAAGAUCAAACUCAGCAAUGGCACCGCCAAAGGGAUCAGCUGUCAUUUCUGGGACGUUGGUGGCCAGGAGAAGUUGAGACCUUUGUGGAAGUCCUACAGCCGGUGCACGGAUGGUAUUAUUUACGUGGUGGACUCCGUAGAUGUCGACAGACUUGAGGAAGCCAAAACGGAACUGCAUAAAGUCACCAAAUUCGCAGAGAACCAAGGAACUCCUCUACUGGUGAUCGCCAAUAAGCAGGACCUUCCCAAAUCCCUCACGGUUAAUGAGAUAGAGAAGCACUUGGCACUCCAUGAACUCAGUCCAUCCACAACCUACCACGUCCAACCGGCCUGUGCUAUCAUAGGCGAGGGACUCCCUGAGGGAAUGGACAAACUAUAUGAGAUGAUUGUCAAAAGAAGGAAAUCACUGAAGCAGAAGAAGAAACGAUAGAUAGUUGUGGACACAUGUAGAGAGUACAAUUUGAAUUUGGAUUGUUGACUCUCGAAAUUUAAGCAUUGCCAUAAAAGAUAUGACAGGUGUUGCCUUGGUGUGCAAGAACUGCUAACACUUUAGGAUAAAUUUUAUCAUUGAUUUUAACAAAUAUAUCGCACAAAAGAUCAUUAGUUGAUGUACAUUCAUUUUAGAAAUUUCAUGAAACUUUGAUUCAGAUGUUUGAUAAGUAUUUAGACAGAAUCUGAAUGAGCAUGAACUACUGGUUUGUUUAAAAGUGAUGCGUGUAAUUUUUCCGACGUUAAAAUACUUUUUUUUCCAAAAAACCCUAGUUCAAUGUGCAGAGACAACUUUAAGGAAACUAUUCUUAGGUUGAUUUCUCUGAAAAAUGUAAACAUUUACACGUUUACAAGCACUUUAAAAGUUUGAUUUCAGUCGGACUAAAACAAUAUAUAUAUAUUUUUUAAAUGUCAUGCAAAUGCCUGUCCUACUGUGUUCAUGUCCUACUGAAAUCGUAUGAUUUUUUUGUAAUUUUGUGGAUGUUAAAAUACUUUCUCAUAUCACAGUUUAAUAAGCAGAUACAGCUAUAGGUAAGCUAUUCAUACGUUGAUUUCCACAAAAAGUGUAAACACGCAGUAUGUUACAUGCACUCGUACCAGUCCAAUUUUUGCAUAAUUUCUGGAUGUUAAAUGCUUUCUUUUACCCCAUUUUAAUAAGCAGAGACAACUAUGUAAAUUUUUCGUAGGUUGAUUUCCGUGAAAAAUGUGAACAUGCAGUACGUUUACAUGCACUUAAAAAGUUCACUUUCAGUCAGACUAAGACAAUAAUUUCAUGUAAACGGUUUAGUCCAACUGAACUCGCACCAUUCCGAUUUUUGCGUAAUGUUGUGAAUGUUUAAAUACUUCUAUUUCAGUUUAAUGUGCAGUAUAUAUACAGCAUAUAUAAGUACAUUGAUUUAUAAGUACAUUUUAUGUAGGUUGAUUUCUCUGAAAAUUGAAAACAUUCACACAUUUACUUAAAAGUUUGAUUUCAGUUGGACUAAAACAGUAAUUUGUCUUUUAAAAAUGUAAACGUUUUAGUCUGACUGAAAUUGUACCAGUCGAAGUCAUGUAUACACAUUGAUCAGACCGCAAUUAGCCUUGGUGUGUGCGCGUGCGCAUGCUUUAAAAUACGUGCGACAUGUACUAAACCCGGCGUAUCUGUCAUUCUUCAUUCAAAUAUUCUAUUACACAUUGUGUCAUGCAUACUUGGAAAGACAUAAAGAUUAUAGCUUGACUACGCAAAAAACAACUGUAUCUCGAUUUUAAAUGUGCAUGUGAACGUACUGACUAUGGCUCUGUGGCUCUAGCAAAAUAUUGCUCUGUUUGUUUGAGCAUUCAGACAAGCCCAACACUUAAACAUUGGCUCAACCAUUGGAGGGAGUUUGGGGCAUGAGUUGCCUGUUUGUUCGACCAAUGGAAGAUGGAUGGCAUGUUCGGGAAAUCUGUUUGAUGGCACUAGUGGCACAGAAAUUACACACUUCAGCUUUAGGCAUUAUAUGUUUGUUAAUGACUUGAUGGUGAAAGUUAUUAUAAAGUGUUAACCAAGAUUAAAAAGGAAAUUAGAAGUGUUAAUAACACUCAUAUAUAAAAUGAAACAAAAACAAAUGGAAAAAAAGCCUAAAUAAACAUAGAGAUAGAAAACAUAGAACUAGCCAAUAAGUUAAAAUGUAUUAAAAUAAGAGAAAAAAAUGGGCCGGACCCAUAUUGCUGCUUGAUAUUAACCCUAUAAAUAUUGCUUCAAAUUUAAUCGCUAGCCUGUGAUAGCUUUAAUGAUACCCUAUAUGAAAAAUACUUUUGUUACGAAUUCAUUCCUUAAAUAAACUUAAUGCAAUGUUGACGAUUACGCCCACAUGCACCUAUACGUAAAAUUAAACAACGUGUUUUAAAAUUAAACAAUGUUUUGGCUGCCAUGAUAUUGUUAGUUCCUGUUGUUUUUGCUGCAUAUAUAGCAGCGCAUUGAACCAUGCCUACAGUUCCUGCUGCACCAGAAUGGUUUCUACACAUUUUGUUUUAUUUUUAUUUUUGUCUUCCUGGCUUUCUUUUUAAAAGUUGGUUGAGGUGCCCUACGCAGGCCUGGAACGUGACAGGAUGCAUUUGUUUUGCUGAAAUGCUACAUUCUACUUAACAAUCAGAGGUUGUGUAUUAUGAAACCAUGUAAUGAAAUGAAGACUGUUUAUGCACAUGAUGCCAAAAAUAUUCUAAAUAAAUUAUGCUGAAAUAUUACUGUAAUUCUUUUGCUUUUUGUUGGGAAACAUUUAUAAAUAAAAAAUAAAAUAAAUAAAUAAUAAUAAUAAUAAUAA